ACCUCCCCAUCAUCCCCUUAUCCUCGACCUCGAGCCCAAACUGCCACAGCGCGAGCGCAGCGGAAGAACUAUGGCGACGAUGUCUCUCGCCGCGGCGUCACCCCUCGCCUCCAUUCCACGCGGCGUCGCGACCUCCGCGCCUCGCACGGCCUUCCUCGGGCCCCGCACAGGUGGCACGCCGGCGACACGUUUCUUCCCUGGACUGGCGGCGGCGCCGCAGCCGGCGGGAAGGGGCCCCGCGGCCGCGGUGGCGCCGAUGGCGAAGAGGGAGCAGGAUCUGGAGGAGAUCCGGGGCAUGACGACGGAGCAGCUGGAGGAGGAGGUCGUGGACCUCAAGGGGGAGCUCUUCCUGCUCCGCCUCAAGCGCUCCGCGCGCCAGGAGUUCAAGAACAGCGAGUUCUGCCGCAUGCGCAAGAGGAUUGCUCGAAUGCUGACUGUGAAAAGAGAGCGGGAAAUUGAACAAGGAAUCAACAAGAGACUGUCCCGGAAGCUUGAUAGGAAAUGGAAGCAGAGCAUUGUGGUUAGACCACCACCAUCUCUAAGGGAGAACAAGGAGGAGUAGAAAGCAGCAAAAGAUGGCAAUCUGCAGAAGUCGUUUCAUGCGAGUGUUGCAGGAAGGUUUCUUUCUGCCUGUAGUUUCAACCCUUAUUUCAUUUUGUUUUAUAUCCAGAUUAACAUUUUAUUAAGUAUUUCUAUCUAAACCUGAAGUUCAGUUGUUAAUCUCUUUUGUAAAUUUCAGUUUCCUUAAAAUCUAUGCUUGUCAUAUGACACUGCACUUUAGAAGUGUAUGCUAUCCAGUAAUCGAGAAUGGGCAGCUAUUUGCGCCCGAACAUA